CAUUAUUACACUUGUGUGUAACCCAUGUGUAUUUACAUUUCUUGCUAGAAUCAUUAUCACGCAGUGUCCUCGCUAACCGCCGCACGGAAUAGAAUAAACGUUGUCAUUCGUGAACAGUUUGUACGCAUUAAUAUAAUUUAAACGUACGCAAGUGGUUUAAUAAAUUGAAAAGUUUAUCAAAUUAUGACUACUCUAUGUUGCAUUAGUUUAACCAUAGCAGCAAGGAUUAUUGCUGCACUAGGAUUGUCGACUGCUAUUCUGAUGAUCAAUGUAGUUGUGAGUGAAUAUUUUGUAAGAAUUGAAGACGACGAAUUUCUAACUGCUAUUAAAUCCUGGACCUUGAUAGGACUUAACUGGACUAGAUGUAUUAAAAGUUUAAAACUUACCAAUGAAGUUCAAGUUACUUUUAUCUGUUUACUUUCCUACGCUACAUUGUUACUAACUGUCAAUGGAUUGCUAGCAAUUGGAACUAUUUACAAAAAAUCUAAACAUGCACUUCCAUGGAUGUAUGUACAGAUAUUUAGCAUUGCAGAUCAAAUGACCUCAGUAAUCAUUUUCUUGACAUCUUCAAGUAUCAACAGUAAUCAGACUUCACAAAUACAAGCGAGUUCACCUUUAUCAUGCAUUUACCUCAUUACCAAUAUGUAUUUCUGGCUGAUAGUGUUCUCAGCACGUGAACAAUGGAUUAGAAAAUCAGAAUUAUCUUUAAAUAAUGGAAACCCAAGUGCAAUAAUUACAGAACCUCCGAGAGAUUCUAAUGUGCCUAAAACUCCAUCAUAUUUAUCACAAAAUCAAUCAUUCUUCCAACCAGUAGUACCGGAGGUAUCAAAUAAGCCUGAUAAUUUAUGAUAAAAAAAAUCUAAACAUUUUUUUGAGUAGUAUUAAAUUAAGAAGGCUCGUGCAAAAUGCUAGAUUCUUUGAAACUAUUAAUGGCUCUCUAAGUUAUUAAUUAACAUCAAAAACGAUAUUUUAACAAAAGUUAAUCUUAACUUAUAGUAAAACUUUUAAUUUAAACGUAAUAUUUAAUUUAAUGUCAAACAAAAAAUUGUGACAAAAAAGAAAUAAAUGAAUUCUAACGAACUGAUUAAUGAUGACUGAUGACAAAUGUAUUCUUUUUAAUAUAAAUAGAAAAACUGAAAAUGAUACACGAUAAAAGGUAGUUGAUAGUGAAUGUACAAUUGAGUAAAAUCUAGUAGUCACGAUAAAUCAAGGCGGACACACGACUAAUAGCGUGUAUCAAAUGUGCGUGAUCAGCCGAGCGUAGUAGCAUAUAAAAUAUGAGAAAUGACCACUAUUUACGUCAAAAUACUCUUAAACUCUUAAACUUUUUUAAAAACAUAUUUUACAUUCUCCAAGAUCAAGAGAUUGUUUGAUUAAUUUUCAAACAUUCCAACAUGAGUCUUACAUAAGCCAUCACUAAUACUUUAUUUAACUCAUUGAGCUUGCGUCAUUAACCUCAUCAACACUAUCAGCGACUAUAAAAUAAAAAAUCUACACACCAAUAAUUAUUAUCAAAAAAACUCGACAUUAACUCAAAUAAAAAAUAAUGUUGGGAAUAAUAUUUUAUGGAUGUAUGUAAUUACAAACGAAUGAAAUCUAUGUAAAACCACAUGUGGCUUAUCUUAUCGCACAAUCUUAUUAUAAACCGAUUAAGACGUAUCAUUGAUAAACGAUAAAACAGAGCAGUGAAUAACAUAAACGUUAAUCAUUUACUUUUUUUUUUGUAUUUAAAUAUGUCAAAGAUUUUUUAAAAAAAAUAUCUGCUCUCAGUUUAUCCUUAUUCAUCUUGUUGAUUCAUGUCUGCAAGCUCUUAUCAAUACAUAAUAUUAUUAUCCGUAUUGAAACGAUCAGUAUCACUAUUUCAUACUGGAACAUCGUCAAAAUUCAUAGCUUGAUACUCUCAGCUCUCUGCUUAGUUGCACGUGCUUGCAGACUGGUCUGGUGAUAUUAUACAUAGAUAUAUUAGAUAGUAUGUAAUCUAUAGAUGUACAUAUUGUGGAAUCGAGGGUGGAAGAAAAAGAUAGAGAAAGCUACGCGGUUGGUUGGUUGUGCUUUUAAAAAGAACUGAGCGAGUCAAUUUGUAGUCUGUCGCAAACUUUUAAAACACUAGUUGACAACCAGCCUCUCCAGCUUGCUGGCAAGGGGUUUUUUAUCUCACUCACUCCUUUGGUUUCCUUUUUGUAACAUCCCCUACCCUGUUGAGAGUCCACCCUCCGUGUCGCGGGAACCGAUGGAUUGUAAAAUAAAACUAACUUGGCUCUUUCGUGGCCUGAGAACGAAGUACCUACCAAGACUAAAUUUCAUUUCCUCAACAUCUUUCCUCUUUUUCUUUCGUAUCUCAUCUUAGUGUCUAUGUUCAAGUUGUAGUAAAGACCAAAAAGUUUAUCAAUUACUCACAGUAUAAAAUCCUCAUCAAGUCUCGUAAAUCAAAACUAUGUAUCCAUUAUACUCUGGUGGUAUCAUGUAAUCAAUCUGAAAUGUAAGAAAAAAAGUAAUUACUUAAGAGAAAUAAAAACACUUGACACGUUUUCA